GCGUCCGAGAACUGCUACCCGGGGAACCCAGAUUGACAGACUCCGACGGGGAAGUGUGGCCAGAUCCGGCCCGCAAAGCUGCGGACCGCCUCUAGAUGGCAGCAAAACCCUGCAGUGAACUCAUCUGAGCUCCCUGAAGUAAGCAGAUCGGCGCCCCGCCUCUGCUCUCCUUGCGGGAUUCAAGGAACCACAUGCCCAGAUCUGAAGGGCGCUGGAGGAAUCGUCACGCCGUUCUACUUCGGGCAUGGAGCCAGCAUUCACACGAUCCGCGAAGGGGGCUGGUUGUCCCCGUGCAAACCCGAACAGCCAAGCAACCCCGGAGGCGCAAAGCGCUUCUGAAAUCAUGGAGAGCCCCAACAACUUCUGCCGUCUUUGUGGCAGCGUGCUGCGUGGGAAUCAUCGGCGGUGGCUAUUCAGCCGGAGCAGUUCCAGCUCGCGCCCCGACCUGCUGGUGAUACUCUCCUAUGUUCUUGACCGAGAGCUUCCCCAGCGUGGAGAUGGGCGCGGAGAAUUCCUGUGUGGGAAAUGUGCCCACACCUUGGCGCGGGUAUAUAAUUUUGACACGGUCAUCGCCCGGAUUCAAGCACUCUCCAUUGAGAGCCUCCAGCGCCUGCUUUUGGAGAAAGACCAGUUGGUCCGCUCGCUGCGCCACAUCUACAUGCGGCGGUUUCCAGAUAAUGAGGCCUCUGUGUCCUACACGGGCCAAGAGAUCUCAGCCAGCAUCGCGGAUUUGCCACAUGUGCAGUACCAGCGCCUCCUGCAGGACGAUAUGGCCCUCUCCGAAUAUGAGUGCUGGGCUGACGCCCCCGACAGCAGCCAGCCGGGCACCCCGUGUCGGAACCGCCAAUGUCGCAGCUGCCACGGGCUGAGGGUGGACGACAACACUUAUGAGUGGGUGUGCCGGACACCGAGACGGCUGGGGUCCCCUGUCUUCCCCCUCUGCCGGGACAAGUCGCAGAGCAUGCCUACCGUGUGCUGCACGAGCUCCCAGGCCUCUCUGCGGUCCCAGAGCUUGGGGGAUGUCGAGUCGUGUUCCAUGCUAUCGUUGGACACUUUGCCAGAAUCGGAACUAGCAAGGGAGGCGCUGAAAAACCUAAAGGACAUUAGAAGGAAGCCGCUAAAGGUCCCAUCUGGAAGUAAAAUCCCCGUCUUGGUGGGCAACUGGCAGAGGGCCACUCCCCGGAGAGAGAGAGCCUUCGAAAAAGAAUUAUUUGAGGACCUAAUGGUUGAGUUUCUGCCUUUUGACCCAAAGCUCCAGGUGCAGCUGUCUCAGCGGUCUCAGCACCAGCAGCACCAAAGAUCUUUUGAUAACAUUGAGGAACGUCUUGAAACAGCCAAGAAGGAGUUGAAGAGAUUUCGGGAGAAACAAGGAGAGGCACACAACCAGGUAAAACCAGAAGCUGGCUUUCCACCUGAGAAGGCCACGAUUGACCAGGAGCAGCUGAUCCGUCAACUGACCAGGUUUCUGCAAAGCAAGGAGGAGGUAUUACAGGACUGUCUGGACACCUUGCUGUCACUCGGAUCUCCUGAGGUGAACGCCCCCAAGUUGGAAACCCUGGUCAAGCUCAUGGCCCUGCAUCUGAAAGAUAGAGACCAAGCAUUAGAGAAGACUCAAUCUGACAAUUUCUUGGCCCUGGAGUGUGUUCAUCGCCAGUUAAGAGACCUUCAGGAAGCAUUGAAAGAUAAAGAUGUUGAUUUGGCACGACUCCACACCAUCCUCGGCGCAGAAGCCGAGAUCAUGAAUGCUGUGGGGGAGUUCUUGAACCAGAAGGAGCGGGAAACCCGUCGCUUGGAGUCUGUCUGUGCCUCAACUAAACUGCAUAUCCAAACCUUGGUCUUCACUUUGAAGGAGAAGGAAACCUUGAUUAAAGCACUCCAGGAAGCUUUGACCAGUAGCACCAAGGAUGUGGAGGCUCUUGCAAAUUCCCUCGGUAGCUCCGACUUGUCUCCAGCAUUGCUCCAGCAGAUCCAGGAGAAGGAAGAUUUGCUGGCCCAGUCCUUGGCUGAGCAAGCACGGCUCCAGGCUGACUGGCAGAGGCGGCUGCAGGUAGUAGAAGAUGCAGCCAGUGCCCGAGAACGCAAACUCCAGGAACAGCUAUAUCAACAAUCCCAGGAUGCCAAAGAGCGAAGCCAGGAUAUCGCACAACUCCGCAGGCUGCUGGCCCAAGCUGAAGACAAACUAAGCCAAGCAGCUGUUCUCCUACGGGAACAGUGCACAAAAUUGGCUGACCUCCAAGAGAUGGAGUACCUAAAGACACAUGCGCUGGAGGAAGCUUUGCGAGAAGGAGAGGAGAAGGACCGGCUCCUUCAACGCUUACAGGCCCACUUGGCCACAGCAAGAAAGCACAUUCCAGAGGAACAAAGCCAGGUCCUGCUUCCUCCCACUUGAACCUGAUUUCCAAGACCCAAAGAACCAAGAGAUGCCAAAGAACGAGAACCGGCCAAUGGAGAAAAGGAAAUGAAUGAGCAGAGGUUGAUUGAAUGUGGGAAGGUGUUUUGAUUUUCAUUGUUUGGGGAGGGAAGGGAUGUGUUGCUGGCUGAACAUCGUCGAUGGAGCUGCAUCCCCCUGUAGUGUGGAGAGCUCUUCUCAAAAGAUUUUGCAAGCUGGAAGCUGCUGUUUUAGAAAUUCACUGCCUGAAAUAAAUUAAAAUGACAA